CCUGCCUGGGUGUACUAUAAAGUCUGCCCUCAGACACAACAGCUCCACCUCGUAUUGAUGUACAGAGAGUGCAAAAUGUUCCAUGCACUGUUGUUGUUUGUGUUCGCCCUCACUGCCUCCAGUGGAGCCACAAGUGUGAGUCAUGGUGCCCGUGAUGACAAAUGCCCAAUCCUCAUCAAAGUUCUGGAUGCUGUGAGCGGUACACCAGCUGCAAACCUGCACGUUCAAAUGCUGAGGCAAAGUGACGACCAAACCUGGCAGCAGCUCUCCACAGCGGGCACAGGAAUAAGUGGAGAAGUCCACAAUCUUACUUCCGAGGAGCAUCUUCCAGCCGGUCUGUACAAAAUCCACUUUGACACUGGUGCCUACUGGAGGAACAAAGGAAUUAACCCCUUCCAUGAAUGUGCUGAUGUGGUCUUCCGUGUACCGAGAGCAAGCCAACAACACUACAUUCUUGCAGUUCUUCUCAGUCCCUACUCCUACUCCUCUACAGGGCUGAUUAGAAAUCCACAUUAGAAUACAUUGGUGGCCUCCCAUAAAGGCUGUUCACCCUUCAUAUGUGAAAAUGAUUCAGAAACUAAUGAAUUAAAGGUCAAUGUUGUGAUUUGUGCAAACCUAAGUUAAAACUUUGGCUUGCAUUUUGAAUAUAUUUGUAAUUGAUCAUAAACUAAUUAAAACAUUUUUAUCUAAGCAA